AUGCCUCUGAAGAUCAAGUUCUCAAGGAGACCGGAUCCUCCAGAAGAAUCCGCCGCACCACUACCACCUCCGACUCCUGCGCCUGCGCCUGCCACCUCCGAAACCCCUCAACCCCAGCGCAAGCUCACCCUGAAGAUCGCGCGCAAGCCACAGCCAGAACCGAGCGAAGAGAAAUCGAAGAGGAAGAAGUCUACAAAAAAGCGCCCAGCGGAAAACGUUGCAUUACCAGAGCCAGAACCCGAACUGAUACAGCAAGCACCCAAACGACUAAAAAUUAAUCCAUCGAAGAAGCCUGGACUACAAUCAAUCCGCAUCAAAAACAAGGGGCAGGUUCCCACGCGACCGGUUGGCGUUGGCUAUGACUCCGAGGCCUCGGAUAAUGAAGUUGACCCUGCCAUCGAAGAGCAAUUCAUUCUACGAAUGCUUCCAGGGGAAGACUGUGAAUACUUGCAGAAAACCAUCAACGAACGAAAUUUUAACCAUUCCGAGUUUGCAUUCAAACCUCUCACCCGCGAGGGUCGGCGCGCGGUUCUGAAGGUCCGAGACAAGCAGUAUGCAGCGGCACUGGUAGAUCUACCAUGCAUCAUCGAAGGCAUGAAGAGUUGGGACCGGCGAGGCUGGUACAAAUCAGCAGACAUAUGUCAGAUGCUCUUGGUUCUUGGGCGAGUCGAAAAUGACCACGAGGCCAUGGAAUACCCACUGCCUCCGGAAGUCCAAAUUCUUGACGACAAGACACUCCAAUACCCUCACGGCCUCGCGCCUCCCCUGCGCUGGGUUCGUAAGCGCCGAUUCCGCAACCGCUUGAGCACUCGCACGAUCGAACAAGUCGAGAAAGCCGUGGAAGAUUUGAUGGCCCAGGAUGAAACUUCCAUCUUCCCGCCCAAGUUUGAGCUGGUGGAUAGCGCAUCCCUGAAUCGUGCUGAAGGAUUAGUACAAAAUGAAGGCUACGUGGAGGACUACGAUGAUGAGCAGGAUGCCGACGGCGACAUGGAAGAAGACAUGAUGGACGACUUCGAAGACGCCUUGGCAGCUGAAAUGGAAGCCGCAUUGGCGGCUGGCGAUGACGACGCUCCUGGACCCGGACCGGACCAGGCGGACACACCAUCUAUGCAACCGUUCACACCAGGGGGUGGCCAGACAGGCGACACAUCCGCUGACGAGAGCAAUAUCUCUGAUGAAGAUGAUGAUGGUCCUGAUGAUGAUAUGGAUGAGGAUGAGAUCGAGCAGCAGCAACAGCUCCAGCAACAGCGCGAGGAAGUAGUUGAGCUUGAAGGUCUCAUUCGCACUGAAACAGCACAGUGGGAGAAAGUCCAGAACCAUAUUCUUCGCAACAAGAUGGGUCGCCGUAUCCAGGAACUAAAGAAGGAUCUGGAGUUGAAGAAGGUGUCCAUGGGAAUGCCAAGUGGGGAUGAUAUCUGA